CAAAUGAAGCGCGCCGGCUGGUUGUCAACAGUCAGUGAAUGAGCCCGUGAAGCGGCCAUAUGGCUGCAUGGUUUACGCAUAGACUGUGUAUGGGGGAAUAAUAUCGGGAUCUUUAUAUAGAGUCUAUGAUUCUACGGCACAAAUCAAAGCGUGUCGUUAGUCGUUGUAUCCAGUCGAGAUUGGGCCACAACAAUGGCUCAUCUGACCCAAAACCCCGCUGAUAAAGAGAGGUUCAUCUGCCUCUACCCAGUCUACAUCAACAAUAAGAAGACGCUGGCUGAAGGACGCAGGAUCCCCACAGAGAAGGCUGUGGAGAAUCCGUCCUGCGCUGAGAUCAGAGACGUCCUGACGGCUGCUGGGCUGAACGUCUACGUGGAGAACAAAAUGCAUCCACGGGAGUGGAACAGGGAUGUCCAGUUCAGAGGUCGUUGCAGAGUUCAGCUGAAGCAGGAAGACGGCAGCCUCUGUCUGGAGAAAUUCAGCUCCCGUAAAGAUGUGAUGUUUUACGUAGCCGAGAUGAUCCCAAAACUAAAGACUCGGACCCAGAAGAGCGGAGGAGGAGACACCAGCUCUCAGCAGGGAGAGGGAGGGAAGAAGAGCAAGAAAAAGAAGAAAUGAGCGGAUUUUACUUUGAAAUUUGACGUCAUUGUGAACUUCUUGUUUAGAUCGGUGUCAGGCUGAAUCAAAUCCUGAACUCAAGCAAGUUCUUUUUUUUUUUUGGUUGAGAGGUUUGUUGUCUUUGAAGAUUUAAUGUAACUCAUUCAGCUGUAGGCAGCUGUCUUUCAUAUUUUUUUUUCUUUGCUGAACAUUGCUAUGACCUAACAUACCUACUUCCAGUUCAUCAGGUCGUGUUCAGCAAAGAAAUCAAAACAUUUCUGUCACAUUUCAAAUUUAGAAGCAGCAGGAGGAAAGGUGAGAAGUGACAGAGGAAGACGUGCGUCUGUGUUUCUGUGUGAUACCUUCCUCCGCAUUUUAUUGACCUCGUUACGUUUCUUUGGAGAAAACGACGAGAUGAAUAAAUAGUUGAUUUUGUCACCA